AUGGCAAACAAGUACCAUGUUCGUUCAAUUAGUUUGCCUUCUCGAUCUCAUCCUAGCACCAUUAGAGUAACUGAGGAUUUGAACAAGCUCAAAGCUUGGGAAGUAACAUCUACAUCAACAUCAGCCUCUAUUCAUAUCGGUCUCUCCUUACUCGAAGAUUUGUAUAUUUCAUUGGAACAUCUUCUCAACAUGCCAUCAACCCAACAACUCAUUUCUCAUCAUAGAGGUGAGAAAUUCAUUGAAGAGGUGCUAGACGGCUCUAUGAGAAUUUUGGAUGUAUGUGGCAUCACAAGGGACACCAUGUUGCAAAUCAAGGAAAAUGUUCAAACUCUUCAUUCUUCUCUUAGGAGAAGAAAAGGAGAUGCAAGUGUUGAAACAAGUGUGGCAGAAUACAAAUUCUUCACAAAAAAGAUGAAGAAAAAUGUCAACAAGUUGAUCACAUCUUUGAAGCAUAUGGAUACGAAACUUGGGCAGUCCCCAAAUUUAGAACUUGAUCAUCACCUUUCUUCUGUUAUUAGAGUUCUUAGGGAAGUUAUUACAAUUAAUUUGUCUGUUUUUCAAUUCAUUUUGUCAUUUCUGACUGUGUCUUCGUCAAAGUCAAAGGCUACAAAAUGGUUCUUGGUAGCAAAGUUGAUUCAUAAGGGUGUUAUAACAUCUGAAGACAACUCAGAGAAUGUCAAUGAGUUGCAGUGUGUAGAAGAUGCUUUAAGCACCCUUAUAAGUGAAGCCAAUAAUUGUGAAAAGUUGCAGGCUGCACAUGGAGGAUUAGAGGCUUUGGAGAAUGCAGUUGAAAGCAUUGAGAUUGGUUUGGAGAACUUAUUUAGACGCUUGAUUAAAACUAGAUCUUCUCUCUUGAACAUAAUUUCUCAAUAA